AUGAAGUUCCGUUUAUCCGUUUUGGUAUUAAUUACAGCAAAGUUUGAGCUCUUAUGGGCAGCAUCUCCUGCAGAAGAGUUUAUUUUAGAUCGAGUCUAUGUACCGGAAGAAAGUGCCGGAGAACUCUUUGACAUAAGCGAUGUCAAGAUAAAACGCUUGAAUCGGACAAGUUUCAGUAUCGGUGGCGAUAUUUUGUUAAAGGAAGAAAUUGACGAUACGGUUUGGGUAAAAGUAUCCAUAAUCGGAGUAGAUGCAGGAGGCGACAAAUAUUUAUUCACCAGAGAACGCGAAAAAAUUUGCUCUUACAUCAUGGAAGUCUGUGAACAUUGUCGCAAUAUCAUAGAUUUGAUGAAAUUCGAUCCAAAACCAGAAAAGUGUCCAUUUGAGAAGCAAAAAUACAACAUGCCCCCUUUCUACAUAAAAAGAUUGAGACAAGAUUGGCCCCUCGUUAUGAGAGUAACUGUUCCGCCAUUCGUCCCCUUUGAAAAUUACAAAAUCGACAUGCAAUUUUUCCGAGAGGGCAAACAAAUUGAUCAUCUAAUUGUCGCUUUUCGUUUAACCAACAAAUUUUCAGCUACCUAAUUUUUUUAAAUGAGGGCAGGAGAAAGUACUUACCUCUGCUCUUAAACCCAUCAUGGUUGCGGCUUUUAUUU